GAAGACACCUGUAUAAGAUCCAGGAAAAGUGGGGGCAGGGAGGUCCUCAGGCCGAGAGAGAAGGAGGGAAAGAGUUGUCACAAGGCUGAGACGCACAACGCUAAUUUGUUGAAAGUUGUGGCUGUAAUGCACCUUAACGUUGGCUGCCAACCGCCAUAUAAAAUCCACAGAAGAAGAACAGAACAGGUCAGUGGUGCAGACAGGUGGGACAGAUGGGGGGACGGAGCAGAGCUCUGGCUGAGCUGGGGGGACAGAGGAGGAUGUGCAGUAAACCUCAGACAGGAAACCCAGAACCUCCGCCUGCAGCACCUGCAGUCCCAGCACAUGAUCCUCGUCCAGCCUUUAAACUCCCCGGCUACAGACCCUCUCCCAUGGACCGGAGGAUCCUGGUCUGGUCUGGACGCUUCAAGACCCCUGACCAGAUCCCAGAGCAAGUGUCGUUUGAGAUGCUAGAUGCAGCCAGGAACAGGGUGAGAGUGAAAGCGUGUUACGGGAUGAUGAUUGCAACCAUUGCAGCCUGCCUGUUAACUGUCAUCAUGGGGAAGAGGGCGGCCGGCAGACAUGAAUCUCUAACAGCUCAGAACAUGGAGAAGAAGGCAAGAUGGAGGCAGGAGGCCAAGAUGGAGAGAGAGGAGGAGGAGGCUGCUGCUGAGAAGACUUCUUGAGGAAGACACCCUCCUGUGUCUGGAAGAAUGCCCGUACUUGGCUCUUCCUGUCUGGCACACUCAUAGAGAGAGGACUCCUCAUGGAUAAAACCCAUUUUAGCAUGGACAUUGCCAUAGAGGGCUUACACCAUUUUAGAGUAGUCAACUGAGUGGAGAGCAAUUGGCUAAGAAGAAAAUGUACUACUUUAAAAUGGAGAUGGCCUCAAUGGCACUGCUCAUUCUGUCACAUACGCUAUAAUGGCACAGAUACAAAGAUGAGUCCUCUAUCUACCUCUAUGGUCACACUAAGAACUCCCCAACUGGACCAGCAGUGGUUCUGCAGCUGUUGUACCCAGAGCUACUCAACCCCGAUCUCUAGUACCAUAGGACUUUCCUCCAAUCAGGAAGCAGGAUUUCAGUACAGUAGUUAUACAGCUGCUAGCAAUAUGGGCUGUUUUUCUCUUAUGCUGUCUGGUUCUUUGUUUUCUUAAGAUAACCUCCAACCGAAAAGUUGUUUUCCUUUUAAAUUAAUGGAUUAAAUAUCAAAAUGUCCCAUUUAACUGUGGUCCUGUGUUUUAGGGAGCUCGAUCUGUACUGUUAGGAGAUGGAAGGAACUGCACACUCUGGGUCUAUGGACAGUAAAGUCUAUAUUUAAUAGAAGCUACACACACCGGAGAGAGAUUCUGGAUGACUUUCCACCUCGUUAUACAAUGUACCUGCAAGUUGUUUUCUUUAUCUAAACGCAUCAGGGCACAGUGUCUUGACCAAUGGUUGGUCAGGAUGAGAACUCCUCUCCUCGGUCCUUUCGUACAGACGGACUUGUCCUAACCAUGUCGCCUCACACAUAUUUUGCAGGUGCAGCGAAAUGCUUAUGUUUUUUAGCUCCAACAGUGCAGUAAUACUUAACAAUACACACAAAUCCCAAGAAAUAUCAGAACGGGCAAUAUCAGUUUCCGGAAUAUAAAUAUAUAGGAUGGUGUGUGUGUAGACAGUAGUUUAUAUAGGAUGGUGUUGGGUUCUGAGAAUAGGAAAUCUACUUAUUCGUGUCACUGAUGGAGUGCUGAGGUUUAGAUGGUCUACACCAGAAGUUAAUGGUUAUCUGAAGGAGCCAGAUGGCUUUGGAGUGUGUUGGGUGGAUGGAAGGAAAUCGCAGGAUUGCUAGAGGGGAUACGGGUGGAGGUCUUUGGAUUAGGAGUGCUAGAGGGGAUACGGGUGGAGGUCUUUGGAUUAGGAGUGCGAGAGGGGAUACGGGUGGAGGUCUUUGGAUUAGGAGUGCUAGAGGGGAUACGGGUGGAGGUCUUUGGAUUAGGAGUGCUAGAGGGGAUACGGGUGGAGGUCUUUGGAUUAGGAGUGCUAGAGGGGAUACGGGUGGAGGUCUUUGGAUUAGGAGUGCGAGAGGGGAUACGGGUGGAGGUCUUUGGAUUAGGAGUGCUAGAGGGCAUAUGGGUGGAGGUCUGGAUUAGGAGUGCUAGAGGGGAUACGGAUGGAGGUCUUUGGAUUAGGCAUCAAGGGGGUGGAGGUCAGGUCAGGCUAAUAAACCAUUGUUUCUCCCUUAUUACUUCACCUUGCUGUCAAACCAUAAAACAUGUAAGGAUUGGAGAGAAGUGCCUAAAUUGGAGUAUAUAUACUUGUGGUGGUGGAAACAUGUUUUGUCUAAUGCAGCUGUAUUGAUCCUCUGGGAAGAAUAAACUUGGUUAAGCUUU